CACUGCACCUAUUUGCCCUCUGAGAUUCUGUACCCCGAUCUCCACCUUCACAAUGAUGUCUUGUGCCGAGCUGAUUACGAUGUGUCUCCUGUCCGCUAAACAUUCGCCAGGGGUCAGAGAAAGCAUCGCUCCUCAUCAACUAUCAAACCAAGACCUGUCUAUUUUCCAGGACAUUUUUCGGAGAGCAGACAAGAAUGAUGACGGAAAACUGUCUUUUGAAGAAUUCCAGAGUUAUUUCUCAGAUGGAGUCCUGAAUCAAGAUGAGCUGAAGAAUAUGUUCGCUAGAAUAGACAGUCAGCAGACUAAUAACAUGGACACAGGGCGGCUAUGUGAUUACUUUUCCGAAUACCUGGGGGAGUACAGGAACGUCCUCUCGGCCUUGGAGAAUUUAAAUACUACUAUAUUAACUGCUAUGGACAAAACGAAGCUGGAUUAUGAGAAUUCUUCCCAGAUAGAACAGUUUGUGACACGGUUCCUCAUUCGGGAGACAAUGAACCAGCUCCAUUCCCUCCAAAACUCUCUAGAAUCUGCUUUGGAAACAAUUGAGGGUCAAGAUGGCCAAGAAAGACAGGGUGUAAGGAAGGCAGAGCCCCAGCGGGUUGGCCGUAGGUGCAACCGCAGGAAUCAGAAAUCUCUCUGUCUUUCUCCAACGGAUCCUUAUUCUGGAAUCCUCACCACAGGUCUGCCUGUAGAUUGUGAUAGCCAGUGGUCUGCGCAGAUCAACCGCCUGCAACAGCUCAUUGACAAGCUGGAGUACACGAGUCCUCGUCUGGAACCACUGAAAGAAGAGGUGGAUCUUGAUGUUGCAGAGAAAAAUAUCCUGGUGGCACAGAGACAGAUGGCAGUGAAUGAAAAUUACCUGGACCAGUUCAAGCAGUCUCUGAGGCGCUACAUGGAAUUAACCACGAGCCAGAGCCGCUGCUUACACAUUUCUGCUCAGAGACUUAGACCCGAGUCAAGCUUUGUCCUCUACGAGAUAUGGGAAGACCAGGAGUCGUGGAACAGCCAUCUACAAUCUGUCCAGAGCAAAACCUUCCAAAGAGUGAUUAUCGAUUAUCUGGAGAGUCCAGAACAGACCAGGACGAUGCUGUUUCCAGCUUGCUGGUGGAAUCUGAGCCAUAUCUAACGAACGUUUCACGGCAGCAGAAGUCUGUAAUAUCCCCGAAUGUUUGCAUGAAAUCAUUUCCUUUGCUGGAUUUCCCGAUACUACCUCUUUAACCUCUGAACGCUUCCCAACCCUUAAUCCCCAACCACCCUUUCUAACACGGGAUGAAUUGACAAGCUCUGUAUUCCACAAAAUCAUGGAAAACGUCAUUUCAAAAUAAAAAAAAAAUAAAAAAAUAAAAAAA